AUGACCUCGGACUCGCUUUUACAUCGCCCGACCGAGUCUCUCAUCCUUCCCAAUAAGCGUCGUUUCUUUCCUUUAAGGAUUCCUAACUUCCACCCACAGCUCCGCCACUACAUCAGCACCGCCGAUCCGGACCGCAUUUAUGUCGUCGUCGAUCGUAUCGUCUAUGCGAUUCAUAUCGCCGCGCAAAAACGAGAGAGCAUAGCUGUCAUUCCGUUCGAGCCCCGAUGCUUGGCGGCUGGCUACGGGUGGAUCGCAGUGGGUGGGCCGGACAACGGUGAAUGCGCUUACAUCAGAAUCGAUGAAAGAGGCCUGCAGGUUCAUGACGAGGCAUCUCCACUCCGCCCUACGGAUGUCGAUAGUGCACUCCCACUCGACCUCGAGCCGCCGUCGAGAUUGCCUUCCCCGGAAACUUCCAGCAGCGAGACUGCCUCGGCACGUCGUUCGGGAAGGCAAUCAUUACCGGAACUGAUCAUACACAAGUUUGGGGGUACUAUUGUAAACUCUGUUACAAUCCACCGAUUUCCAAACAAUGGCGAGAGUACCUCCCAUGAAGAUGUGAUGAUCCUAAGCAACAACGAUCGAACUGUUACCGUCUACUCCUUGACUCGAUCUAAAGUUCUCAAAAUUUUCCAACACACAACAUGCAUGAACUAUGCGACUAUUUCACCCGACCAAACCAUUCUCUCUGCAGUAGGAGAUGAGAACAAAGUCUACUUCUAUCGGAUUCUGCGUGACUGGAGAUCCCCCAUAUUUAUCGAGGGGGGUGGUAAACUUGCGGGAUGGGAGUGGGAAAUGCUUCAAUGCAUUGAAAUAAACAUCGGAGCCCGUGCCGAUGAUGCAUGCUGCUUUACAGUUGCCUUUUCACCAUCCAGUCAUCUCUGCGCCAUCGGUUCCCAAUCUGGUGUCAUCACAGUCUUAGAUGUCGAAAUCAUCCGCAAGACAGCUGGGGGCACGGAUUGCGACGAAGACCCAGUGCUUUAUCAAUUCUUCGGAUCUAGGCCUUGCAAUGAAGGCGGCACAGUGCGCUGUAUGACCUUCUCGCCAGAACCAUGGGACUUACUAGUAUGGCUCGAGGGCCACGGCCGAGCUGGGAUUGCCGACGUUCGGCAGGGGUUCAUCCGGAGACAAAUACUCCGACUAGAGCUUGAUGAUCCGGCCCUACAAGAGACUCUCUUGGAACCCAUAGAUGAUGAAUCGGAUGGACAGCCAAUGGACGAUGAUGAUCCAAUCCUACCACCGCCGGUUCCACGCUUAAGAAUUCGUGGUGACGACUCUCCCAAUGAUCGUGGCCUUGGAGAAGCCGAACGCUCUUCGCUACGAGAAAAUUUAAUCCAGGAUCUCACUGAACGGGAGAGGUUGAUUAUGGAAUUUCUCAACACAGCGCGUUGGAAUUCUAAUCCAGAGGAAGGUCUAACUGAGCGGCCUGUCAGGGCAGCUCUGCAUCCUCCUCUUCCUGCGGCUCGCACGCGACAUCAUGGUUCCACAGAUGGGGCCACUCGAAACUCCCGUCCUACUCCACCCCCGCAUUCAUUCGAAUCUCCUGAUAUUGCGCAAGACGAUGAUGAUGAAUUAUUCGUCCCGCCCCCACCGCCUCCGCCUCCGCGCUUGAGUCACACCACUCGCUCAGGCACAGGGACUUUGGAACGGUCAUAUCAUGCCAGGCGCCAAAGUUCCGUGGUCCUAUCUCAAGGAAAUCGAUACUUGGAAGCUGGAAACUCUAGUCAUGACCGGCAGCCAAUGGUCUCUGUAAGCUGGACAGUGUCACCGCCGUCCGAAUUCCAGCCCACCCCAUCGGAUACUACCCCCCGGGGUGCUGAUCCAGAUCUUAUCAGCCACGAGGAUGGGUCAGGUCCUAGGCCACCGGAAGCAAUAGGGCCUCCUCCAAUGCUUGACCUCGGGACCCGCUCGGAAGCCCUGGCCAGACUUCGUUCUCAACGAUCGAGCUCGACGCCCCGGCGAACUGAGCGGCCACAGACCGCAGCAGAAAGGAGAUACGAUACACCUCGUCUUUCUACCCAUGAACUUAGAGCUAAUUUGGCGGCCGAGCGUUUGCGACGCCAUCGCCAGAUACCAAGUGAGGUACAUAACCGCUCCUCUCAUGAACGGGAACAGCGUCAUCGCCAACAGCUUCUUGGAUUUGAACAGGCCCAUUCCCCUAGGUGGAUCCGAAACAUUAUCAACGAUCUUCCUGAUCGAAGCUUGAUUCAUGGCUCUGGUGCCGAUGAGGCGGAUGCUACAGCCGGAUUGGGUUGGGGUGCGGAUGGAAGAACCCUGUACAUUGCCACGGUGAAGGGAAUCUUUGAAUUCCAACUGAAUAUUCAUGACCGACGAACAUUCCCAGCAUUCUCAUACCGCUGA